GCAUUUUGCAGAAGAUAGACAGACAGUCUCGAACAUCAACGCGAGAAUUCCGCUUGCUCGCCCUCUCUCCGAUUUCCUCCAAGAUGCCUACCAAGAAGACCAAGACCAGGAAGCUCCGUGGGCACGUCAGCCAUGGACAUGGUCGUAUUGGUAAACACAGAAAGCAUCCUGGAGGUCGUGGUAAUGCCGGUGGCAUGCAUCAUCACAGAAUCAACUUCGACAAAUACCAUCCUGGGUACUUCGGUAAGGUGGGCAUGAGACAUUACCAUGUUAAGAACAACACCACACACUGCCCAACCGUCAACCUGGACAAGCUGUGGACGCUGGUGAGCGAACAGACCCGUAUCAACUACAGCAAGAAGCCCGAUGGCCCUGCUCCCAUCAUUGAUGUGGUCCAAGCUGGCUACUUCAAAGUGCUGGGCAAAGGCAAGCUCCCCAAGCAGCCAGUCAUCGUCAAGGCAAAGUUCUUCAGCCGCAGGGCUGAGGAGAAGAUCAAAGAAGUUGGGGGCGCUUGUGUGCUGACUGCAUAAGCACUCGCUGCCUUUUUUGUUUUUCAGGAAUAAAAAAACAUUGAAAAAAGAAA